AUGGCUAAUGCGAGUGGUAGUGGUGGGGAUGCUGAUGACAUAUGCCGGCGAAUUAACGAAGAGGUGCGGGCCUAUACGUCCCGGGAGAUAAAUCGCCUGAUACAAGCGGCCUUGCAGCAGCAGCAGCCGGCGGUACCUCGCCCCAUCCAUCAUCGAGCUGUAAUUCGCAGGGACCACGUCGUUGCAUACCAACGGUUGUGGGAUGACUAUUUCGCUAAGCUACCGCGGUUUGGGGACAACUUUUUCAGGCGACGGUUUAGGAUGCACCUGGAUCUAUUUAUGCGUAUCAUGAACGCUUUAGAGCGUUGGUACAAGUAUUUCCGGUUCAGGUUGGAUGCGAGUGGCAGACUCGGUCACUCGCUUAUACAGAAGUGCACUACCGCAAUCAGACAGUUGGCUUACGGAGGUGCGGCCGACACGUUCGACGAGUACCUCCACAUCGGCGAGACGACUGCCUGCGAUUGUCUCCAGUAUUUUUGUUAG